AAAUACCGGCAUCCGACAUGUACCGGUCAUAUUGUGAGUGUUGAAGAACACGAUGAUUUCUCCCGUAUUUUCGUUGAUUCUGUCUUUGUUGCUCGUAAGUCUUGCUACCAGUAGUGCAAUCGAGAAGGGAACGUCCUUUCUAAAGGCAGACAAUGAAACUGUCGCCGAACCGAAUGCAUGCUGGUGUUAUCCAGAAGCAACUUUUGACUACGAUACCAGUGGUUGCACUGUGACCAUAAACGGAAAAAUCAGUACAUGCUGUGAGCACGACCAUCCUACUUCAUAUGCAUAUAUGAUCAGAUGGGGUGAUGGAAAGAACUCGAACAAACAAGAAGGCAAAUGUUUCAAAGAUUUCAGCGUUUCGCAUACCUACCCUAAGGGCAAGCAUGAACUGACCGUUACCUAUCAGGCACUGUCGUUCGGUCGUCAGUGGUGUGGAGAACUUAAGCAUCACAAAGUCAGCUGCUGAUUGGUCAAGCAUAUGACUGAACCGAGACAAUUCAAUAGAGGUGGCGUAAUUGUCUCUGCAGACUAUAGAUGCUUAUUUAGCAAUGCAAUAGUUUUAGCCACCGUUUGUUUGUUCAAAGUCCUAGUCGUUGUUUCUUGUCUCUGGAAUAGAUUUAUGUUGCAAUGAUUA